CGUACACAUCAAAAAUGCUGUUGGUCAAAUGGAUAGGCAUUAUCUAUUUGUACUUUUAUUUGCCACUUAGUGUGUUAGGUCGCGAUGACCUCUUGAAACUUGAGAUUCCGGAAAAUCACGCUACGCAAGAGAUUUACAAGGCAUUUAAAAAUGAACCUAAGGAGGAACAUGUGGCGGAGCGUAUGUCCGACUUAGUGGCAUCCGCCGCUUCUGAGAGAGAACGGCGAGAAGAGGAUCCUUUCACAGGCGAAUGUGUGCGUGACUUUUCACUUCCUUGUCCUGAGUCCUGGACGAAAACCGGAACUGUCUGUGAAGCUCCCUCAUCUUACAAAGGUGAUUGUGAACGUUCUGUUGAUAUGAGUGACUUUACUGUGGAGCGUAAGAUGUUGUUCAUGUCUGAUUGCAAGGUACAAUGGCCUUGUAAAAGCUUGAUAGAUAAGGUUGAUGUUCAAUACUGCAAGGAUACCGAGCGUAACUUUCUCCAGCCAUGUCCUGAAAACUUUCUAAGGCACAAAACUGAAUCUGGAUAUGUCUGCGUCCCUGAUUUUUCAGGGUACGUAGGUCCUUGCAGAUCAGUUGUUGACUUUACCAAAUUUUCAAAGGAAUCUAAGAUGCUCUGGGCUCAGACUUGUGGUACCACGUGGCCGUGUAUGACCAUUUGUCCUAAAGUGUUUGACAAAUGUCCCAUGGAUUGGACGAUGGCACCGGAUGGCGCUUGUGAUGCUCCUGCUUCAUAUAACGGGCCGUGCGAGAAGCGCAUUCGCUUUACUUAUUACACUCAAGAGAUGAAGCGCAAACGUCUCAUGGAGUGUGAAAUACCCUUUGAGUGUACUUCUGAAUGUGAGAAAGACUACAGCCAAUGUCCAGUGCUGUGGAAAACGGAAGCUGAUGGCUUUUGUGUUGCCCCUAUGGGCACUUUCAACUGCAAUGAUAUUUUAGUCCAGCUACUUUCUGAGGCUGGCAAAGGUCCGGUUACUGGUAGUACCACCGCUCUCGACCUGCGCCUGCUGGAUGCUGAAUCAAGAAAGUUAUACGAAUCUAAAUGCAGCAAUGUAGAGUUCCCGUGUUUAGAGCGUGAGGAAGAUAUAAAUUGGUCUUUACAAUGUCCAAGGGGUUGGACGAUCAGUAAGGACGACUUAAAUAGUUGCGUUCCUCCCGUGGUAAAUGAAGACGAUGUAUGCAAAUCGCCCAUGGUAUUUACCACAGAAGAAGAGAAGCGUGCCUUUGCGUCUAUGUGCGAUAUCAACUGGUCCGGCACUGCUCCUGAAUCAAAAACCGUUACUGCUGCGGUUGAGCAUCAUAUCGAUGGUCCCAUUAACGAGAUUGGUGUAGUGCACGCAAUGAAUAAGGACAGUACACCAGAGAUUUUAUCAACGAAGGACGGGAAACCUUCCUAUGUCACUGUUGUUAAAGCGGAAGAACCGAAAGAAGCAUCUGUCACAUUUCAGCGUAAAAGGUCUGUGUACAAUAUCGGCCCCUUUGUUACUAGGAAGACAGCGAGGCCUGAGCGUAAACUAUACAAGGGUUUUACUCGGGAAACCCACUUAAUGCCUGGAUCAACUUGAGUUGUAUGUGGUCAUUUGGUCCACAGUGGGCUGUGCCAACUUAUCGCACCAUCUAUAAUGCCAAAGUGCAA